CAUGCGCCGAGAAGCUAGCGCUCGUUACCAUGGUAGCCAGAGCGUCUAGUUACCAGCCUCAGCGCGAUGCCGCGGCAGAAUCUCGGUUACGGUCUACGGAGACCAGCCGCCGCUGUCUGUGGGGCGACCCACCCAGCCGGGGCCUCACUUUAGGGGCCUUCCCAUGGCUUCCCCGGAGAAGGUGGAGGCAGUGGCCAAAGGAAAGGGGUUCCGGCGCUGCCCCAAGCAGGCCACUUACACCCCUGAGACCUGCGAGCUCCUCAGAGUGAUGAUGAAGGAGUCCAGACUGACCGAAUUCCAACAGCGCCACAUCAUGGACACCAUGAAAAGAGGAGACACGCUGCCCCUCCACUGCAGCCCGACGUGCAGCCAGAGGGUGCUGCCUCCCAAGCAGCCGGACCCCGCCAUCUGCCUGCCCCCCAUCCUGGUGGCCCGGUCCCACCUCCGGCCGGCCAGCCUGUGCCAGGCCAACGGGGCCUACAGCCGGGAGCAGUUCAAGCCUCGAGCCACACGGGAUCUGGAGAAGGAGAAGCGAAGACUCCAAAAUAUCUUUGCCAUGGGAAAGGACAAAGGGGAGCGGAAAAGGAAGCCCCCUCCUACAAAGCAACAAAAGUCCCCGGUCCCCGAGCCAGACCGCUUUGAAGAACUGGUCAAGGAAAUUCAGGAGAGGAAAGAGUUCCUGGCUGACAUGGAGGCCCUGGGCCAGGGCAGGCAGUACCGAGGGAUCAUUCUUGCUGAAAUCUCCCAGAAACUGCGGGAGAUGGAAGACAUCGACCACCAGAGGAGCGCGAAACUCAGGGAGGCUCUCGUCCCGGCCUAAUCUGACUGCUGGAGUAGCCCAGCCUCAACCAGCGGAGCCCACGCCCUUGCCAAGCAGGGUCAUUCCCGGGCCCGCCCACCCAGCCUGGCCUUCUGCCACAUCAGACGGGCACACGGCACUGCCCGGGCCUGGUGUUCUCCGAGCACAGGAGGCACCCCAGAGACCCAGUCACAUACACACACGACUUGGAAUCUUUUCUUGGGGAAAAGCGAGGCUUGAGUCCCCCCAUCAUGGGUGAAUGUCCAAGUGCAUCCGAAGGGCCCUCUCCCACCAUCGCCGCCCCACUGUGCCUGGCCACGUUUAGCCUUCUGAGCUCGGGGACGGAUAUCCCUUCCUUCCUCCCGUCUCAGUGACUGCCACCUGGACUGACAGCCACAGGCGAGUGUUUAACCACUGUGGUUAAUUGGCCGAUAAAACACACUUAACG